AACUGGUUUUUCGAUUUAUGCUAUUAUACAAAGACAUUUAUAAAUUCCGUUUUCUUAAUAAUAUCAGUUACAGUAUAACUUAGCAGAUUUUACUUGUUUGGGUAUAAUGGCGACAAUGACAUCCAUACUAGCUAGCAGCAGUAUUGAAGACACUCCUGAUUUUUCCUUCUUUAAAUCUUGUAAUAAUGGGGAAAGCAAGAAUGGCCAAUUCAGGCUGGAAAAUUAACCGAUCCAUAAGAAAUUGAUCAAAAUGUAUAGUAUACUGUGAAGGGAGAUAUUUACAUUACAGCUAUCCAGUUGGUAAACCCUCAUUUGAGACCAAAGAUUGCCUCUAUACUGGGCUUCUUAAUACUCGGGAAUCACAGGCAAUGAAAGCUGAAGAGUGUGCUAGUCACGGAUCACUAGCAUUUUCAGACCAGAGUAGGAUUAGCCCAUCCACCAAAAUACUUGAAACUAUCCCGAAUUAUCUGAGCUUAUCCCAGGAUUUUAUAGAUAAUCCUGAACGGGCUUUGGAGCUAGUUAGUGGUAUGACUGUUCACAAAGAUUUUCUCAGUGAAGACGAAGAAAAAUCAAUUUUGAAUGAAAUUGAACCUUAUAUGAAACGUUUACGAUAUGAAUUUGAUCACUGGGAUGAUGCUAUACACGGUUAUAGAGAAACUGAGAGACUCAAUUGGAAUGAUGAUAACACAAAAAUAAUAAACAGAGUAAGAAGUAUUGCUUUUCCACCUCAUGCAGCCCAAUUGAAAUAUGUACAUAUCUUAGAUUUAGAUAGAAACGGGUAUAUCAAGCCACAUAUUGAUGCAGUUAGGUUUUGUGGAACAACCAUUGCCGGAUUGAGCCUACUUUCUGAUAGUGUUAUGAGACUGGUACAUGAUAAACAGAAAAAUUUGUUUGCAGAUGUUUUACUUCAAAGGAGAUCCUUAUAUAUCAUGAAAAAUAUAGCAAGGUUUGAUUAUACUCAUGAAAUUUUAAAAAACGAGAAUAGUAUAUUCAAAGGUGAACAGAUAUAUAAAGACAGAAGAAUAUCUGUGAUAUGUAGAAAUGAACCUGACCCUAACAAUCAGAGCAUUUAGAAUUGCCCAAAUAAGUAUUAACCAGAAAAUGUGACUGUGAUGAUUUGUACAAAAGAACAUGAAAAUAAAUUUUAAAACUGAAAAAUAAA